AUGUCCCUUGUUAACGUCACACUAUUUCUAAUAGUCAUUAACGAUGCCUGCAGAAUCACUGAACCCCCCGUUAUCACAAGAAUAUUUGCGGAUGAUAUCACCAUCAUAUGUAAAGGGAAAUCUCUCAACACCUCCCAACAUACGAUACAAUCGGCUCUUAACAAACUACACGACUGGUCUAAAAAUAACGGUCUUAAAUUCACAGCCACCAAGACGGAAUGUAUCUUGUUUUCCAACCACCACGAAGCCCAGAUGCCUGUGUUGAAACUUGGAACGAACUUACUACGAUCUGUCACAUGCACAAAACUAUUAGGAGUAUUUUUCGACUCCAAGCUCACAUGGAGCAACCACAUCAACAACCUUGCUGAUAACUGCAAGCAGAGAAUCAAGAUAAUUAAAUCCUUGGCACACAACAAUUGGGGAGCAGAUAAAACCGUCCUCUUACAAGCUUACAAAGCGAUCGUCCGGUCCAAAAUAGACUAUGCAUCUGUAAUAUACGACUCUGCUAAACCGAACCUACUAAGAAAACUCGAUGUAAUCCACAAUAUGGGAUUAAGAAUAGCAACGGGAUCAUUUCAUACAAGCCCCAUCGGAAGCAUAAUGAUAGAAGCUGGCAAAACAUCGUUGCAACAUAGAAGAAAACUUCUAAGUAUAAAAUAUGCCGCAAGGGCCUCAACAUCUACAAAUCCGAUCAUUUACGGUGACAUUUUCUCAAGAAACCGGCAUCAAGCAGAACACCAAGCUGGUAAAAUCACCUCCAGCCAAAGAAUUAAAAGCUAUCUAAGCGAACUUGAAUUCAGUCUACCAGACAUGGAAAAAUCCAGGUUCCACAACGCCCCCCCAUGGACACUAAAUGCACUCGGCCUCGACCUAUCACUUGUAGGAAACAAAAAAGAGGAGCUAACUACAGAGGAAUGGAAAAGACGGUUUAACACCCUCUGUGACAAGUACCCCGAUUUCAUCCACAUCUACACCAACGGCUCCAAAAACAAAUUCGGAACAGGAGCUGCAAUGGUCACCCAGAAUGAGACAACUAAACUCGGCUUGAAUCCUUUCAACAGCAUCCUCACAGCCGAAACAUACGCACUUCUCUUGGCACUCAAUUUCAUCGACAACUCUCUAUAUUCCAAAUUCAUAAUCUUCUCGGACUCACUGUCCACCAUCCUAAAAAUCCAAAACACGAAGCAAACCAUGGAAAUGUAUAUAGUAAUCCAAGAAAUCUACGAUAGACUGAUCAAGGCUCGCAAAACAAUAAUUGUAGCAUGGAUCCUCUCCCAUGUAGACAUUCACGGAAAUGUCAUGGCCGACCUCGAAGCGAAAAUCGCAUCCACCCUACAUAUGGAGAGUCAAUCCUUGCUUAACACUUCCGUGGACAUUAUCCAACACAUCAAAUCAUUGUGGAAGCAGCCUUGGAACCGCACAUGGAGAAAUUACAAAGCAAGUCCACUCCAUAAAUCAAUCGACAACUUUUAUGAUCUAACAACAAAUCUAAACUUCAAUAGGAAACAACAAGUGGCAAUAACUCGUAUCAGAACCGGGCAUUCCAAAUUAUCACACUCACACCUUCUUAACAAUAGUCACCCCAGUCUGUGCGAAAUAUGCAAUACACCCUUAACAAUCAACCACAUCAUCCUCGAAUGCUGA